GAAAGAAAAGAAACCAUUUCAUAAUUUUGGUGAGAAAAAAAGGCGCGCUAUUCGCGAAGAUACAGAGUGAAGAACAGAACAGAGUGACGAGCAACCACCAAAGCUUAUCAAUCAUUUUUUUCAUUCCUUCAUCGUGGGUCGUUCAGAAUUUCCAACAAAUUGUCCGUCCAUGGCCGGAGCUUCUCGCUUGUUUUGUUGGCGGUGCUGCAACUACCAUUACCCUACGGAGCAGAGAGGAAGAAGAACUUCACUCUGUAAUAGAAGAAUGGCGGAGAAAUGACUAAUAAACCUGCUGAAGAUCCGCUUCAACCUCACCCAGUGAAAGAGCAGCUACCCGGAAUUCAGUAUUGCAUCAACAGUCCUCCUCCAUGGCCGGAGGCCUUUGUGUUGGGUUUUCAGCAUUAUGUAUUGACACUUGGUUUCAGUGUUCUGAUUCCUAGUUUGAUUGUUCCUCAAAUGGGUGGUGGCGAUGUUGAGAAGGCCAAAGUGAUUCAAACUUUGUUAUUUGUUUCGGGAUUGAACACAUUAUUUCAGUCUUUGUUUGGGACUAGAUUACCAGUUGUGGUUGUGGGUUCACAUGCUUAUCUUAUUCCUACAAUCUCCAUUGUUCUCGCUAAGAGAUACGCUUCCUUGACAGAUCCUCAAGAUAGAUUCAUUCAGACUAUGCAAGGAAUUCAAGGAGCUCUCAUAGUGGCUUCAUGUUUUCAAAUGGUUAUGGGUUUCCUUGGCUUUUGGAGGAAUACUGUGAGGUUUUUUAGCCCUCUUUCUGUGGUUCCCUGUGUUACUUUCACUGGACUCGGUCUGUAUCAUCUGGGUUUUCCAAUGCUGGCAAAAUGUGUAGAAAUUGGACUUCCUGGAUUGAUUAUUAUAGUUUUCAUCUCACAGUAUCUUCCUCAUUUAUUGAAAACAAAAAAGCCAAUCUAUGAUCGAUAUUCGGUGUUAUUUUCAAUUGUAAUCAUCUGGCUAUAUGCACAACUCUUAACUUCAAGCACUGUUUAUAAUCACAAGCCCGCAACAACCCAGAAAAGUUGUCGCACUGAUCAAGCUGGACUUUUGAGUACUGCUCCUUGGAUUUACAUUCCCUAUCCAUUUCAAUGGGGAGGUCCAACUUUCAAUGCUGGAGAAGCCUUUGCAAUGAUGGCUGCUUCUGUUGUUUCCCUCUUUGAGAGUACCGGAACAUUUUUCGCUGCAUCAAGAUAUGGCAGUGCGACUCCAGUGCCUGCAUCCAUCAUCAGCCGAGGUAGCGGUUGGCUGGGAGUUGGAGUUUUGCUCAAUGGCAUGUUUGGUUCUGUCACUGGCACUUGUGCAUCUGUGGAAAAUGCUGGUCUAUUAGCUUUAACAAGAGUUGGUAGCAGAAGGGUCAUCCAAAUAUCAGCUGGCUUCAUGAUUUUCUUCUCUGUAUUUGGGAAAUUUGGAGCACUUUUUGCCUCAAUUCCUCUUCCAAUUAUUGCUGCCUUGUAUUGUGUCUUUUUCGGCUAUGUCUCCUCUUCUGGGCUUGGUUUUCUCCAAUUCUGUAACUUGAACAGUUUCAGAACAAAAUUCAUCUUGGGCACCUCCUUCUUUUUGGGUUUGUCAAUACCACAAUACUUCAGAGAAUAUUAUCACCAAGAUUUGAAUCCAUCAGAGCACAUUUACUCUGGCCAGGGAUGGUUUAAUGAUGUGAUCAUCGUGAUCUUCAUAUCUCACGCAACAAUAGCAUCUCUGGUUGCUCUAAUUUUGGAUUGCACACUUUUUCGAGAAAACGAUGCAACUCGGAAAGACAGUGGGUUACAUUGGUGGGAAAAGUUUUGCUUAUACAGUUUAGAUGUAAGAAAUGAUGAAUUCUAUGCAUUGCCAUUCUGCUUGAAUAAGCUAUUCCCAUCGGUAUAAGGCCUUGGAUUGUACUACUAGGAAGUUAAUAUUUUUUCAUUCAAAAUUAACAAAAGAAAUUUGGAGAUCAGUGGAAGAUUUAGUUCAUUAUCAA